AUUAUGAUGCUGAACUCCUUGAAGGUAAGGAUAUUAUAUUUUCAUCAUUCCCUAUUGCUUAGCAAAGAAGGCACUCAAUAGUUUUAUUGCUGAAUGAAUUAAAUGAGCUACUGUAUAGUAACUGCCAGGAAUAGUACCCAGCACAUAGUAAGUAUACAAUGAUUGUUAACUUUAUGUUUUUUCUUCAGUGAAUGAAUUUCAGUGAUUCUUUAGAAAGCCAAGAACAGAAUAUAGAAUUUAAACCGUGAAGGAUGACCUGGCUUUGCUCUCCUUUGCUUUCCUGUCUCCUCUCUCCUAUGAACCCCUGUUACUAUUUUAAUUUCCAAAUUCACUGCUUUUAUUUUAUCUUAUUUUUAUUUUUUUGUUUUAGAGUCGGGGGUUCUCUUCAUGUUGCCGCCCUGACGGGUCUUGAACUCCUAGACUCAAGCUAUUCUCCCAGCUCACUUUAUUAUUUUUAGUUUUAUCAUCUUGUCUUUUCUGGUCCUUUCUCCAAUUCUUGUUGGGAGGGAAGAAAAAGAGAGUGGGCUGGGCUCCCUCUUAGGAAAAAGAAAUGAAAAUAGCUGUUGUAAGGCUGAAAAAUGGUGACAAUUUUAGGAACAUGAGACAAGGCCCGUGCCAAUAAAGAAGAAGGUCAGGAUGCUCUACCUGGAGCUCAGGUAACCUCUGCCAAGAACACUGGCCACCUUCCUCUAACCUGCCUCACUCAGGUGUCUCCUGAAACUGCUUUUACUUUUCUUCCUGGUGGUGCCCAGAGGAAGCACUGGUGCAAGCUGCCCCUGAGCCUGAAAUCUUUAGAGAAAAAGGAAGUGCAUCCUGUCCCUCUGGCUCUUACGGAAGCUCCUAGGCCAGUUGGAUUCCCAGAAGGCUUGUCUGGAAUGCUGGAAUCCUGAGAACCUUGAAAAGAAAAUGACUAGAAUCUGACCAGGCACAGUGGCUAAUGCAUCACUGAGAGUAUGAGGCUCUGGCCUUCCCUGGCCACUCAUUCGUGACCCCUUCCACCACGGCGGAGUCUUCUAAGCCUACCUCCUGCCGUGUGGUGAUCUACCUGCAGCGGGAGAUGUCAGGGGAUACCUGUCUGUGCCCAGCCUCGGGGGCCAAGCCCAAGCUAAGCGGUUUCAAGGGAGGAGGGCUAGGCAACAAGUACAUCCAGCUCAACGUGGGUGGCUCUCUGUACUACACCACCGUGCGGGCACUGACCCGCCAUGACACCAUGCUCAAGGCCAUGUUCAGCGGGCGCAUGGAGGUGCUAACUGACAAAGAAGGCUGGAUCCUUAUAGACCGAUGUGGAAAGCACUUUGGCACCAUUUUGAAUUACCUCCGAGAUGACACCAUCACUCUCCCUCAAAACCGGCAAGAAAUCAAGGAAUUGAUGGCUGAAGCAAAAUAUUACCUCAUCCAGGGGCUGGUGAACAUGUGCCAGGCUGCUCUACAGGACAAAAAAGACUCCUACCAGCCUGUGUGCAACAUACCUGUCAUCACGUCCCUGAAAGAGGAGGAGAGGCUCAUUGAAUCCUCCACCAAGCCCGUGGUGAAGCUGCUGUACAACAGAAGCAACAACAAGUAUUCCUACACCAGCAACUCUGAUGACCACUUGCUGAAAAACAUCGAACUGUUUGACAAACUCUCCUUGCGCUUCAACGGCCGUGUACUCUUCAUCAAGGAUGUCAUUGGUGAUGAGAUCUGCUGCUGGUCCUUCUAUGGCCAAGGUCGUAAGCUGGCAGAGGUGUGCUGCACCUCUAUCGUGUAUGCUACCGAGAAGAAGCAGACCAAGGUGGAAUUCCCAGAGGCCCGAAUCUAUGAGGAAACACUCAAUGUUCUACUGUAUGAGACUCCCCGCAUCCCUGACAACUCCUUGCUGGAAGCUACGAGCCGUAGCCGCAGCCAGGCUUCCCCUAGUGAAGAUGAGGAGACCUUUGAGUUGCGGGACCGUGUUCGCCGUAUCCACGUCAAGCGCUAUAGCACUUAUGAUGACCGGCAGCUCAGCCACCAGUCUGCCCAUCGUGACUGACAAGACCCUCAGGGAGUCAGGGCACAGGAGGCCCUGUCUCCUGUCCUGUGGAAGCCCACCCCUUGGCCACCCCGUGCUGCUGCUAGCUGUGUCUCUGCUCCAGCACCUAGAGGCACGACAGGCCCUGCUGGGAGGUCAGAAGGCCUGGGCAGGGGAGGGACUACAUUCCUUUGCCUUGCCCCUGAGCACUUCCAGAUGACUGAGUCCUGUAACAUUUGCUCAGCAUCUGCCUUCUUGCCUGACACGGAGUCACUUCUGCUCUGGGGUAAGUGGACUAAUCUACCCACCUCCAGCUACGAACAUUCCCCUAGGCUCUUUGCUGAGCACCUCCUUCCUCUACAGAAGGGCUACUACCCUUAGGCCUCCACUAAGGCCUGUGGGGGAUGGGUUCAUUCAGGGGAAGAGGGGCUGCUGGUGCUGUGGAGACCCAGUUUUUUUAACAGAAGGUAGGAUUUCUUUUUUUUCCAAGGUAUUUAAGCACAUGCUUGAUGAGUUUUGUUUUUAAAAAAUAAUCUAGGAAAUGAAUAGUUUUAAGUCUAAUAAUGAGACAGGGCAUUUUAGUUGCCCUCCAGGGUGCCAAGACCCUGCAUAUAUGACAGACCCCUUGGCCCUUCUCCAUGCCUUGGGAUCCGUUUCUUUAAAGCACUUUGUACUGUUAUUCAGAAGAUUUGUAUUCUGCCCCGACCCAUGUCUUUUCUGACCCCAAUCCCUUCUACCCUGCAGCCUCAGUCAGAGGAAGCAGUAAAAAUACAGACCAGCUGUGACUUUGCCAGCCUGGCCACACAGCCAACCCAAAGAGCACUAAGGGUGCAUAAGUUGGGCUCUGGAGUACUGAUAGGGUUCCUGUGAGAAAAGACAUUUUACCCCCACAUCUUAGAGUCAAAUAACUGGCUCCUGGGGUCUACCAUGAUCACUCUUUUUGCUUUUCUUAUCUUUUGAGUGCCCAUGGCUCCAAGGCAUGCUGUUCUUACAUACUGUAAAGCCAAAGAGCUGUCAUAGGGUAAAAAAACUACUUCACACUAGAAACACGAGCCAUGGCAGGCAGGAAGGCUGUGGAGCCCCUGGGCUCUGGAUAGUACUGGCUGGUGUGACCAUCAUCAGGCAAGGACAGCCAAGUCAGAGCCUCAGCUGUGCUCUCAGCAGCUCCUGGGAAGAGGUGGCAUGUGUGUGGCCAUGUAUCUCCCACCCCGCUCUUUCCUGGUUUGUAUCCUGGCUGGGGAUGGUCAUUCUGCACAGUGGUGAGUUUCAGAACACAGGAUGAAGGACCACCCUAUGCCCCUUAAAGGUCUUCAACUCUUUGGGCAACUUAGCCAUGGAGAUGCCAAGCAUCAGCCAGGGUGUAAGUUCCUCUUUAGGGCUUUGUUUUUCAUUCCCUUCUUCUGUUUGGCCUGGCCCUUGGGAAGCAGCUUAUCUGAAUUCUUUCCAAAGGAAUGCUGUCAGGGAGGGAGCAGUUGUGCCAGUCCAACAAAGCAACAUAACCACAUGGAAGGGAUGAAGGUUAUCAAGUUCAUCCCUCUUGACUACUCUCAUGAUAGCUAAGUGGCUGCUCAUGGUUGGCCCACAGAGUCUAUGGACAAGUGCCAGGACCAGGGUUAGACACUCACAAGGACCUGAAGUGACAUGAUGAGAGGAGACAUGGGACUUCAGUCAGGCAUUUUAUGUGUUAGUCACAGUCUUGAAUGUAUAAUAGCUCUAAGACUCUCAGGUCAGGGACCUUGGUGAUGAGCUGCUAGUUCUUCCAGCCCUUACUGGAGUAACAAGAUAGGACAUAUCCAUUUAUUUGGCCAAAUUCAGGCUUUGGCUUUGUGGCUUUCCCGCAGAGUCUUUCACUGGCCCGUUUUCUCAGCUGCCCUCUUGAAGCCCUUUAAUACUCAAAUUCCCAGUUCCCCACUGAGGUAUUUUCAGGCUUGCCCUUUGACCUCUUCAUCCCCCUUUCAGCCUGUACUCAGUGCUCUGCCAUUCAGAUCUUCCUGUCUCAGUGGUGACUAGGCUUUCUUCUGAGAAAGCACAGGAGACUGGGCAUUUAUCCUCUGUGAUUGAAAAUACCUCCUUGGUCUUCAUUGAGGAGACUCACUGAAGUGAUCUUGGC